ACUCUCUCCGAAGGAUUAUCAAUAAGGGAUGGUGCAGCGCGGACAGAGACUUCUGAACUCCGGAGUAGGAAGCUGACGAUGGAGGAAGCGAAGGGAUUGGUGAAGCAUGUGGUGCUCGCCAAGUUCAAGGACGAAAUUCCACCUGACCAGAUCGAGCAACUCAUCAAGGGUUUCGCCAAUCUCGUCAACCUCAUCGAACCCAUGAAAUCAUUCCACUGGGGAAAGGAUGUGAGCGUCGAGAACUUGCACCAAGGCUUCACACACGUCUUCGAGUCAACAUUUGAGAGCACCGAGGGAAUGGCGGAGUACAUUGGUCAUCCUGCACAUAUUGAAUUCGCGAACCAGCUCGUUCCUGUACUGGAGAAACUAGUCGUGAUCGACUACAAGCCGACCAUUGUCCAUACCUGAGUUGGCAUCGCAUUGGAAGCUCUGCAAGCAUUGUGAUUGAAUAAUAAGUUUGUUAUGUAUGGCAAAACCGAAGUUUUUUUUUAACUGUGCCAUUAUAUUGGUAAGGUGAUUGAUAUGGUUCAGACUCGAGAGACUCGUCUUUGCAUAUUACAAGGCAAAAUAUAAUGCUGUAUCACCAUGGGGAAUAUGUUUUAUCUAAAUCCAGAUUUAUGAGGACAAA